AUGUUUAGCAUACCGAAUCCCUCUCUCCCCAACCGACGCCUUCUGCUGGAAGAGUUUUCCCUGCAUGGACAGGAGGGUGACCCUUGCGCCUCUGGCUCAACACACAAACGAGGGCCGAAUCGGAAAUUGUCCAAAGACGAGAGAAGCAGCGACCGCCGCCGGAUCUUCAAACUGGCCCACGACGGCCCCCCUUCAGGCUUCAAGGAUCCCGUCUCGCUGGUUGGUGGCUGGCACGGUCGUGUUGUAUGGCAGAAUCGCGGAUUCGUACGAACCUCUUUUACAGUGCCCAGUGGAGCACGGCUAGGCGCAGCCGUACAGCAUUUCUCGCCCAUUGCCAGUACCAACGACGCUCAAUGA